AUGUGGGAUUCAGAGACUGAGUCAGUUGGAGGGAGAGAUUACGGCAAUGGAGUUCUUAGUUCAAGCAAGCGCAGUGUUAAGACUGAUGGGUUUGAGCAAAAAGGCAGCUCUUGGUUUGUUGCAACUGAUAUCCCAAGUGACCUGCUAGUUCAAGUUGGAGAUGUGAAUUUUCACUUGCACAAGUAUCCCCUGCUGUCAAGGAGUGGAAAGAUCAACAGAGUUAUGUAUGAAUUACGCGAUCCGGACUUGAGUAAGAUGGCUUUGGAUGACCUUCCUGGUGGACCGGAGGCGUUCGAGCUAGCUGCGAAAUUCUGCUACGGAAUUGCUGUUGAUCUAACAGCAGCUAACAUUUCAGGCCUGAGAUGUGCUGCUGAGUACCUUGAAAUGACAGAGGACUUGGAAGAAGGCAAUCUUAUCUUCAAAACGGAGGCGUUUCUCAGCUAUGUGGUUUUAUCCUCAUGGAGAGACUCCAUAGUUGUGUUGAAAAGCUGUGAGAAGCUCUCACCAUGGGCGGAAAAUCUUCAAAUUGUCCGAAGAUGCAGCGAGUCUAUUGCUUGGAAAGCUUGUGCCAAUCCAAAAGGAAUAAGAUGGGCAUACACUGGAAAGCCACUAAAAGUUUCAAGUCCAAGCUGGAAUGACAUGAAGGACUCAAGUCCAAGCAAAAACCAGCAGGUCCCUCCUGAUUGGUGGUUUGAAGAUGUUUCGAUUCUUAGGAUUGAUCACUUUGUCAGGGUUAUUACUGCAAUUAAGGUAAAGGGGAUGAGAUUGAACUGA